GGCCGCUGCUGCGCACUUUUAUAUGACCGGCUCCGAAUCUGAGUUGUUUAGUUCCGUAGUUUAGGUUAUGGAGUUGUUGUUGUUGUGAGUGGUGAUGCUGACGGUCGCUGCCAGUCGAUCUUCCUGAUUCUGCGACAACCUGAAUAAACUUGACGAGUUUGAAAAAUUUAGUCGCCCAUUUCCAGCACGGACAAUGACUAUCCGUUAUACAUUUCCAUCAAUUGGAGGGGUCUGGUGACACUAACAAGAUUAUAAGUUAUCCCAGACGACCAAAUUUUACAAGUUAUCAUGAAGAUAUCACGAGAUCUCCUAAUGUAUUUCCUGUACGGGCGGGAUGAGGCAGAUGCAAUUAAAGAUCCGUUACCAAUACUGGACACUCUUCCCAGCGACAUCACCAUCGGACACAGCAUGAUCCCCGGAGCGAAGUACGGGGUGUUCGCCAGACAGCACAUCCUGAGGGGACUCGUUGUGGGACCUCUCAAUCUACCUCUGGGUCAAAGUAAAGAGGAAUCAGGUGACGCAGCCGUUAAGGACGAGCUCGCGAUACACAAAUCGUGGUCCUGGUUGAAAUAUAUCCAGCCCGCACGUCACCCAUACGAAGAGAACGCUAGGAUAGACCAGACAACAGAGGGGAUAUUCCUGCGAAUAACACACGAUAUAAGUCCCGGGUGUGAGAUACUAGCCUGGUACGCUGACUCCAGUCUCUCUACAUUCGGCAUGGAUAUCUCCUACUCCUCAGUCUCCUCUACUACCCUCGCUAACGGGACAGUUUCACCUGGUAGUUCAACAAGUCCUCUACAGUCAGCUAUAUUGAUGAGUUCUCCUCCAAAAGAGAAGAGCAGCCCGCCUCCCUCUCUCUCCCCUGGAUCCCAAACAUCUCUUCUCGCCAGCCUAUCAGCCCAUAAACCCGUCCUAUCCCCACCAAACCAGAUGCGCACCUCCCCUCUGGUGCCCCACAAACCUAUCCUCUCUCCCACGCCUCUUCCCCACAAACCCCUCGUGUCCCCUCAGCCUCUUCCGCACAAUCCUCUGAUCUCACAUCCGCAACUACUCGCCAAAGCAGUGUGUCGACUUUGUGGAGAGCUGUAUUCCAGCUACGUGGAGCUGUGGGCUCACGUGACUACUGCUCACGCUUCUAGUUCCCCUCUCUCUAGAGCCACCUCUCAGAUACCCGCUACUACUCCUACCACUAUCUUAUCUAACUCUGCGCUACCUUACCCUCUUCCUAUACUUCCACUUAACCUGGGGUUGCCAGCUCUAACGAAGCCCUACCCUCUCCUCUCACCCCGUAUGACAGAGCUUCUGGAGAAGACAUCACCUGACCCGUUCCUACCGGAGGGGGAGCUGCUGGUGCGGGAGUGUAGAGACACUGAGCGACCCUACGAGUGUGGACAUUGCGGCAAGAGCUUCUCCCUCCCUAGCUCGCUGAGACGACACAUUAUUACACACACCGGAGAAAGACCCUACAAAUGUGGUUACUGUGGACGAGCGUUUGCAGGUGCCACAACUCUGAAUAACCACAUCCGAAUCCACACGGGAGAAAAGCCUCAUGUUUGUCACGAUUGUGGUGCUGGCUUUACUCAGGCGACCCAACUGAACCGACAUAUCCGGUGCUGCCCAAACUCUAAAAACUCCUCCGCAAGCAACACGAUGCAGCAUCCCACUGAGAUUUACGUCAGCUGAAAGGCUAACACGUGAUCAGGUCACGUGGUGUUGAUGACGUCACACCACGUGGCAUUGAGAGCACCUGACCGAAGACAGAACUAAAACGGAAGCUAACUGAAUCAGAAUAUAAACGACGAUUGAGUUUAUCAGAAUAUUGAGAUUUUGAGAUAACAGAUAAACUGAUUUGAAAUAACCGAUGAUAUGAUUUUUGAUGACAUGAUAGAACUGAGGUAUGAAACUGAAGUACAAACUGGAAAAUCAUUUAUAUAAUUUUCCAUUUUGUUAUAACACAUUUCUUACGUUAUAAAGUUAUAAGGUACAGUAUAAUUCAUCAGUUCAUUACAAAUACAAUGGGAGGCAUAUUGAUAAAACAGUACGCAAUAACAAUGUCAAUGAAGAACACUAAAAUCCAGAUUCAGUGUUGUAUUUGUGAAAACUAGAAAGCUGAAAAUGACAUUCAUCCUCCCUAGUAUCUUGGUUUGAUAUCUGUUGAUGAGAAGUUUAUGAUUACAGUUAAUUUUUGAAUUAUUUCUUUAUGCUUAUUGUUAAAUUCGCAUUACAUGAUCUAAGGGUUUAUUUUAUCGCAGUAAUUAGCUGUAGUUAUGAACUAUUGCAUAAUGGAAGAGUGUAGGAUAGGGUUUGCCUCAUAAUUACUCUCCAAUUUAUGUACAAUUUCAGAAAUGGGUCCAAUCAAAUGAUCGUCAUCCAUUGCCCAAUUGGCAAAUCAGAAUAUUUAAUUUUGCUAACAUACUGCCUUACAUCCCUAACAUUUACUUGUUAACGACCCCGUUACAGAAAUUAGUUUCCUGAACAACUGAUUGAUUAGGUGAUACUAUUAUAUUAUGGAGUAAUACGCAAAUGCAGUUGAUCCGCCGAGAAAACUACUGCCAGCCGAUUCCCCAGUAUUACUUGUUGGUUUAUAAGUUUAAGUGGUGGCUAAGCCUCAAGUAAAAUACAAUGUCGGGUCCCAAUGUGCAGCUUAGUAGAACCAAGAAUAGACAGUUCUGGAAGAACACUCGAUGAAUUAAAUAACCAGUAUAUUAAGAAAAAGUCAAAGGUUUUGUUGAUAAUUACCUUUUGCCGAUCGUUUUAUGUUGGCCGAAAUCCAUUUUCCAAAAGAAUAUUGGUCAUUACAUCAAACAUUCAAAGUAUGUAUUCUAAUUCACAAUUUGAGUAC